ACGCUCUCGACAUCGCCGAUCGCGUACCUCGUCCAGACUUCUCGAUCCGGGUGGUCAAUGGAGACUCUCCCAUCGGCGGCGGAGCGACAGCAGCUCGUCUCCUUCUUCCUCGAGGUCGCCGCUGGCCAGACCGCCGAUGUCGCCGCACGAUUUCUUGAGGCUACAGUUGGAAGUUUGAUGAGGCUGUACAGCUCUUCUAUGUCAGCAAUGAAAGUGGUGGCGUGCAGUCAUCGUUCUUACCUCGACAGACUAAUGGAAUUACUAGGUGGUCUUCGACUAAAACUUGUGGAAAAUAUGCUUGCCAGUGGUAGUUCAGUGCAAGGUGCUCUUGAAGAUGAAGCGCGAGCACCUUUGCCUGUCGUAAGAGAUAUCCUUAAUGAAGAUCCUGCUUUUUUCAGGUCUCAACCAAGUUUAGAUGUUCCCUUCGGCAUAUCAAGACAUUCUGCUAUUUGGGAAUCAAGCGAGAGCGUUUUGUCAACAUCAAAUGGCACCCAUGACAAUCUCGCUUCAUUAUAUACUCCACCUUUUUCCUUGAUGUUCCAAGGGCGCUUUGACCAGGCAAAGGUUGAGGCAUCCCGUCGUGGCAAGUGGUUGCUACUCAAUCUGCAGUCUCAUGAAGAAUUUAGCUCGCACAUGCUCAACCGGGAUACAUGGGCAAACCAAGCUGUUGCAGAAACUAUUCAUUCUAAUUUCAUUUUCUGGCAGGUAUACCAUGAUAAUAUCGAAGGGAAGAAAGUGUGCACUUACUACAACUUGUUUAAGCUUCCUGCUGUAUUACUCAUUGAUCCCAUCACUGGACAAAAGAUGAAUGCAUGGACUGGCAUGGUUCAUCCAGAGAGGUUGCUGGAGGGGUUACUUCCCUUCCUCGACAAAGGCCCAAAGGAGCACCAUGCUUUUCUUCUUCAAAAACAAAAGCAGAGAGCUGCACAUGAUUCUGCUGUUAUUAAUGUAGCAGGCAAAGAGGCCGUGAAAGAUGAUGUAGAGAUGGUGCAGGCCAUAGCUACCUCCCUCGAGGACACAAGAGGUCCUAGGCCAUUGGUAAUGGAUGAAGAAUCCAGGCCAGAGAAAUCUCAUGCAACCAAUUCAAAUGAAAAGCUAACUUACCCACCACUUCUCGAAGAACCACAAGGCAGCAAAGGACUAUGCAGAGUCGCGAUUCGUUUCCCCAAUGGGUGCCGACUCCAAAGAAAGUUUCUCCUCACCGAUUCAAUCAAGCUGUUAUGGUCUUUCUGCUCUUCAAAAUUGGAGGAUGGACUAAAACGACCCUUCCACUUUAUCCAAUUCUACCUUGGUGCAUCGAGAAGUCUCGAAUACGAGAAGGAUUUGACUUUUGAUGCCGCCGGUUUGUCAAACUCAUUGAUCAGCUUAGUUUGGGACUGAAGUUUCAGGAAGACCCCAACCCCAAUUGUUUGGCUGGGCACGGAAUUUUAGCAGUUAUUUUGUAGUUUAAGGGGCGUCUGCACAGGCAAAGUUAUGCAUUGCUAAUUUAUCAGUAUUACGACAAUUCUACAGUGGCGUUAAAUGUAUAUUUCCAUUAAUAAUUUUUUGACCUUUUUUUUUUAAAAUUAUUUUCAGUGCGAGUUAGAUCUCUGAAAUU